AGUUGUAGAAGUAGAUUCAAAUGGGAACGUGUCAGAUAAAACAAUGGAAGAACAUAUUGACCCUUGGGCUGUCAGUACUAAAGAAACUGAUGAUGGACCAGCUUGGAAAGAUAUGACUGGUAAAGACAGGACUGUUUACCUCAUGACAGUCUUAAUCAAGAUUGCAUUCAUUUUUGGAUUUUUAUACCUAUUUAUUUGUGCACUUGGUUUCCUUGGUGAUGCAUUUCAGUUGGUUGGAGGGAAAACAGCAGGAAAGGUUUUCAGAGAGAACGAAAUUCUUACUAACCCAGUAGCUGGUUUGAUGAUGGGAGUUCUGGUUACUGUUUUGUUACAGAGUUCCUCCACUACAACUUCAAUAAUCAUAACAAUGGUAGGAUCUGAUAUAAUUCCUAUUAAGACUGCUAUUCCAAUGGUAAUGGGAGCCAAUAUUGGAACAUCAGUUACAAAUACCAUAGUUUCAUUGACCCAGUCCGGAGAUCGAGACGAGUUCCGGAAAGCAUUUGGUGGCGCUACAGUACACGACAUGUUUAACUGGUUGUCUGUAAUAAUCCUCCUACCAAUAGAAAUAGCGUUUCAUUACUUGUAUCAUCUGACAAGCGCAAUUGUUAGAAGUUUACAUUUAACAGAAUCUGGAAAGAAAAAAGACCUGUUGAAAAUUAUAACGAGACCGUUUACAGAGGUCAUUGUUAAGGUAAACAAACAUGUAAUCACGGACAUUGCUUUGAAUGAGAAUGGUGCUUCAUACCGUUCGGUGUUACAUCGAUGGUGCAAACAAAUUAAGCAGCCCUACAAUACCACGAUAGACCAUCAUAGUAAUUACAAUUUAACAAUAGUUCAUCAGUUGAAAACCCAAGAUAUUAAUUAUACCUUAGAAGAAAUUAACACCAACAAUACGUUCAUCAACUGGAAAAGUGACGAGACACUAGUGAAGACAAUCAACGUAGAAAGAUGUGACAAUUUGUUUGCCAAAACAGACUUGUCAGAUUCAACUAUUGGAAUACUUCUUUUACUGAUUUCCCUUGGAUUAAUCGUGGUAUCUUUGAUCAUUAUGGUGAAACUGCUAAAUUCACUCCUAAAGGGCUCAGUUGCUAAAAUCGUCAAAAAGAUCAUCAACUCAGAUUUUCCUGGAGUAUUUAAACAUCUGACAGGAUAUGUUGCAAUACUUGUUGGAACAGGAAUGACGAUUCUUGUCCAGAGUAGCUCUGUAUUCACAUCAACGUUAACGCCAUUAGUUGGAGUCGGGGUUGUAAGCCUUGACCGGAUGUUUCCUCUUACUCUUGGUUCAAAUAUUGGAACUUGUAUUACAGGAAUACUUGCUGCUCUUGCAAGUCCAGCAAAGGCUAUUCCACACGCACUACAGAUUGCACUUUGUCAUUUAUUUUUCAACCUCACAGGAAUACUUUUAUUUUAUCCUAUACCGAUCACAAGAAAAGCGCCAAUCAACCUUGCGAAAAAGCUGGGAAAUAUCACUGCAAAAUAUCGUUGGUUCUCGGUCGUAUAUUUAAUAAUGAUGUUCUUAGCUCUUCCAGGUUUCAUUUUUGGACUAUCCCUUACAGGAACGCUGCCAUUUGCUAUUAUUGGCUCAAUAAUGUUAUUUUUAAUACUUUGUAUUUGUAUAAUUAACUGUUGUCAAACAAAAUGCAACAAUUGUUUGCCGUCAAUUUUGAAAAAUUGGAAUGUUUUGCCGUUGUGCUGCCAUUCUUUCAAACCAUUAGACAACGUGAUAAGAAUGGUUUUUGGAGUAUGUAGAUGUUGUAAAAAAGAAAAAGAAAAUACAGUUUCUAAAAUAGAAGACGAACAAACCUUUUCUGGUCACAGUUAUGAUAACACAGCAUUUACAGUAUUAUAGAAUAACCAGGACUAAUAUAUACUAUAUGAUGCUGUGAACUUAAAUCUGUUUGAAAAACGGUUAUACAUGACAGUCGUGCUGAAAAUGACGUUGAACACCAACAGGCAAUCAUGUGGUUAUUCAAUGGAUUUCUUUUCAACAGAAAUAAAAUUCCUGUACGAAGCUACAAAUCUCACAAUGAACCCACUAGGUCCGAGUAGUAUGACAGCGUGUUGUUCAAAAUGACGUCUGCAUUUACAUAUUAACAUGACAUUAUUACCCAGUAACAUUCAUAUGUUGUCAUAUAGGUGAAUGCAAAUUUGACAGUGUUUUUAUUCAGGCAUGUACAUAUGUAUGCGUUAUAAAUGGAAAGUUGACCAUGCACAAUGAAAAUUGCUACAUGAAUCAAUUGUAAUUAAAACUUGUUAAACAAUUAUUGAGUAUUACUUACAACUAGAAAACAUCCAUAAAAUCGUAACAAGUAGAAUUUAGACAAAAAUUCAUUUAUGAGGUAAGUUCAAACAACUUAGCGUAUAAAAUAAAAUAUUCAAG